AUGGCGCUGUGCACCUUGAUGUCGACUCCAGACGGUGCAGGGACUCCAGGAGCGGCCGGGGGUCUGCCGGGGGAGGGGGGCCCCUCGGCUGCGGCCCCCAACCUGACGAGCAACAGACGACUGCAGCAGACGCAGGCGCAGGUGGACGAGGUGGUGGACAUCAUGCGCGUGAACGUGGACAAAGUCCUGGAGCGGGACCAGAAGCUGUCGGAGCUGGACGACCGGGCGGACGCGCUGCAGGCCGGAGCUUCGCAGUUCGAGAGCAGCGCCGCCAAACUCAAGAACAAGUACUGGUGGAAGAACUGCAAGAUGAUGAUCAUCAUGUCCAUUAUCGGUGUCAUAUGUGUGGGAGUCGUCUUCUUGUAUUUCUUCUACUGA